AUGUGGAAGACAAUUGGAUCUGCUGCUGCUUUCUGCUCUUUCGCAGCGGCGUACUCACCUUUUGUCAUCACAAACUUGAACACGCACCAACCUAAUGGCAAUCCUGCCGGUCAGGUGAACUACUACCGGAUCCAAUUCGAUGUCUUGUCCUCAAACGGCGGAGCGGAUUCAUCGACAACUUGCCAGACAUCUUGGGGAGACAAUUCUUGGCUCGAGACAGAGGCCUACAGCAUGGCUGUACCUACAGGAAAAUGGAUUGGCUGCGGAACAAACGACUUCCGGUUCCAGUUGUUCCCGUACUUCAGCAUUGGCAACUUCAGUCUUGCUGUACAGCAGAACUUUACCGAUGCAGCGCUCAAUCAAGAGAUAUUCGCAACGGCAACGACACACAUGAGCAACACGACAUCAUCGCUGAGCUGCUCGAUCAACGGACAGGAGGUGAUGUACCAGCAGCACGCACAUGGCGACUGCAACAUGGCUAGCAACGGCAGUGUGUCUGUUCAAGUCGAGGCAGAAGCUUGCAGCUCUAGCGAUGCGACGACCAUCUUCGAGGCCAGUGGAUCGUACGAGGAGAGCGGAGAUGAGAUUGUGCUUGUUGGCAGUAUUCCAGAGCUGGGCAAUUGGUCGCCAACCAAGGCAGUGUCGAUGUCGGUGACGAACCCGCAGAGCGCGGGGGCACCAACAUUUGGAGCCAGACUCGACAUUUCCGAGGGCACAAGCUUCCAAUACAAGUAUAUUAUGCGUCACGCGGAUGGGUCAGAGACUUGGGAAUGUUGCGAGAACCGAGAGUAUACUGUUCCGGCCAACUCGGCUUGCAGUGAGAUCAGUCUUGGAUCGGACUGGUUUAGAGGUGGUGGUGAUGCGGUGGUGAAUUAG